AUGUGUGUUCUCCUGCUCUCUAGCGGAGGAGAGGAGGGGCCCUGCAGGACCCGGUGUGGAUCUCAGCUGUGUGACCCCAGGUGUGGAUCUCAGCUGUGUGACCCCAGGUGUGGAUCUCAGCUGUGUGACCCCAGGUGUGGAUCUCAGCUGUGUGACCCCGGGUGUGGAUCUCAGCUGUGUGACACUGGGUGUGGAUCUCAGCUGUGUGACCCCAGGUGUGGAUCUCAGCUGUGUGACCCCGGGUGUGGAUCUCAGCUGUGUGACACUGGGUGUGGAUCUCAGCUGUGUGACCCCAGGUGUGGAUCUCAGCUGUGUGACCCCAGUGUCUGCUGUAGCCUGGUAGUUGUCCCGCCCCUAGUGUUCUCGUCUCGGCAGUAG